GCUGGGGAGCAGUAGCAGUUGGAGGCAAGCAGCAGGUGGCUGGCAGCUCUGAGAUUGCCAUGUCUGUAGAGCUGCUGUUAUUUUCAGCAGUCGCCUGAGUGUCUGUGAACGCAGCCUUGGUGUAGCAGGAGUUUAUCAGCAGGGGGUCUGGACUCCAUCCAGGUCGUCACACCUUCCCUUCAGCUGCUCUGUCACCUUAAGUCCAGGUUGUCACGACUACAGAGUGCACCCGGCAGUGGAAGCAGAUUCCUUUAUUCCAGAGUGCUGUUGCUGAUGUCCCGUUUACAGUAACUUUAAUUAACUGUUAACUGUCAGGAAGCACUCCACCAAACCGCUUUGCUCAGAAUGUCAGAUCACCUUUAAAAGGUGUUGGAUGCACGACUGGACCUCAGCUCUGCACGCGACACAGCUGACCAUCAGAUUGAGACGACUCUGUGAGCGUUUCAGACAGAGAGCGAGCUGAAGAUCACAGGUGACAUCAUCAGCAGGUGAUCCAUGGUGCCCUGCAGCCUCAGAGGUCACCAUGGAAGACCAGUCUUUCCCAGAAUGCCAAGCUCAGGAGCUGUUUGAUGAGUUUGUAUCAGCAUCAACCUGCAGGGCGACGCUGCGCUCCUUCAGCCAGCUUUGUGAACAUCUGCAGCUGGACCCGAGCACUGCCGAAAGGCCACUGUACCGACCGAUUAAAUGCCGCCUCAACUACUGGAGGGCGAAUGGUCUGUGGGCCAAGCUGGACCGGAGGGGGGCGCAGGAGGAGUACCAGAGAGCGCGAGCCUGCAGUGAUGUGACUUGUGUUAUCAUUGGUGCAGGGCCUUGCGGUCUGCGGACAGCAGUGGAGCUGAGCUUCAUGGGAGCUCGAGUGGUGCUGCUGGAGAAGAGGGACUCCUUCUCCAGGAACAAUGUGCUCCACUUAUGGCCCUUUACCAUCCACGACCUGCGGGGCCUCGGAGCCAAAAAAGUUUAUGGAAGGUUUUGUGCCGGCUCCAUCGACCACAUCAGUAUUCGCCAACUGCAGCUUGUCCUGCUGAAGGUCGCCCUGCUCCUGGGGGUCGAAGUUCAUGUCAACGUGGAGUUUAAAAAGCUGGUGGAGCCAGCAGAGGACCAGCACAGACACAAGCUGGGCUGGAGAAUGGAGGUGAGUCCAAAGAAUCACCCUGUGAGUCAGCUGGAGUUUGAUGUAAUAAUCGGAGCAGAUGGACGCAGGAACACACUGCCAGGUUUCAGGCGUAAAGAGUUCAGGGGGAAGCUAGCCAUCGCCAUCACAGCAAACUUCAAGAACAGAAACACCACAGCUGAGGCCAAAGUGGAGGAGAUCAGCGGUGUGGCAUUCAUCUUUAACCAAAGGUUUUUCCAGGAGCUACGACAGGAAACUGGGAUUGACUUGGAGAAUAUUGUGUACUACAAAGACGACACACACUAUUUUGUGAUGACGGCAAAGAAACAGAGUCUAUUGGAAAAAGGAGUAAUUCUGCAGGAUUUUGCAGACACAGAGCUGCUCCUCUCUCGAGGGAACGUUGACCAGAAUGCAUUGCAGGCGUAUGCCCGUGAGGCUGCAGACUUCUCCACCAAUCACCAGCUGCCAACUCUGGACUUCGCCAUGAAUCACUAUGGUCAGCCUGAUGUUGCCAUGUUCGACUUCACCUGCAUGUAUGCAUCAGAGAACGCUGCUAUGGUUCGCCAACGCCACGGACACCAGCUGCUGGUCACACUGGUUGGAGACAGCCUAUUGGAGCCCUUCUGGCCGAUGGGGACGGGAGUCGCUCGAGGGUUUCUGGCAGCUCUGGAUUCGGCUUGGAUGAUACGAAGUUGGGCUCAGGGCGCAGCUCCUCUGGAUGUCCUGGCUGAGAGAGAGAGUUUGUACCGUCUCCUCCCUCAGACGACUCCAGAGAACAUGCAAAAGAAUAUCACUCUGUACUCUGUAGAUCCAACAACAAGAUACAUGAACACCAGCCCUUUGACCGUCACACCUGCCCAGGUGAGGCACCUGGUUGACACAGGAGAAGAGGUGGGGCUAACCACAGACUGCAGUGAUAUCAUCCGGCUCCCCUCCCCCAGAUACCUCAGACAGGAAUCCUUCUCUCGAUCCAAUCAGCUGCUGACUUGGUGUCAGGAACAGACUUGUGGUUACCAUGGCGUUAAUGUUACUGACCUGACUACUUCCUGGAGGAGUGGCCUCGCCCUGUGUGCUCUUCUCCACCGAUACCGAUCUGAUCUGAUAGACUUUGACUCUCUGGAUGAGUCGUCAGUGGAAGAUAACACUCGACUCGGCUUUGAUGUGGCUGAACGAGAGUUUGGGAUUUCUCCAUUGAUGACGGUGGAGGAAAUGUCGUCUGUGGAAGAGCCGGACUCUCUUUCGAUGGUCAUGUACCUGAGCCAGUUUUACCAACUGCUCAAAGACUCGCCGCCCCCUACAGGCUGCCUGAGGCACAUCACUGACCUGCGAUCAGCUCUCAUCGCUCCCGCCUCCCUCCUCAGCCGACUGGGAACCAGUUUGUCCAGGAAGAGAAACCCAAAGGAGCAUGGGGGGGCAUUGGGUAAAAAGAGGAAGACCAGUCAGUGGAGUCGAGAGCAGCAGGAGUCAUGUGACCUGAAUGGUGAUGUUGAGAGCCAGUCAUUUGAGGAGGAGUUUGUGGGUGGGGCCAGUCGGUCCAGAGUUCGUUUGAUGGCCAAUCAGCUACAGGCAAAGCUGGAUGAAAGUUCAUCUACCUGCAGGACAUCUUCUGCUGCUUCUGCUGAUUUCCGUCGACAACAGGGGGAGCUAUCCAGCCUCCCUCCAGCCUCCCAACCAGCAGACAGUCAGCCGACUGCAGCUCCAGUUCACUUGUCAUCAUGGAGGCCGCCUCCUGCAUCGCCACAGUUUCUGCAGAGUCCAGACUGCAGAUGGAAUAACAUCUGCUGUCUCUGCCAGAAAAAACGAACUCUUCAGCAGGAGCAGAUGAGUUUUCGGUUCAAACAGAAGCUCAAGGCUCAGGCAGUUCUCGAUGGGGACGAACAGGUGCCUGAGCAAGUACCUGAACAGUGCCUUCAAAUGUAUAUGGGUGGCGUGAGCUCACUGGCUGAGCAGAUAACCAGUCGUAUGCAGAGUCAGGAGGACGGUGGUGGGGUCUCUGCCAGCUGCAGUCACGUCUGUUUCUUCUGUAAGCAGAGGGUUUAUGUGAUGGAGCGUCUCAGUGCAGAGGGCUUGUUCUUCCAUCGCAGCUGCUUCCAGUGUGGUUCCUGCAGCAGUCCCCUCCGCCUGGCCUCGUACACAUAUGACCAGCACGCUGGGAGGUUUUACUGCCUGCAGCGCUCCGAAUGUCACCUAAGUGCUCAAGCCGUGAGGAAGAGGCCGACGCCAUCUGACAGAGCUGUGUCACACAGAACAUCAAUCGGGUCCCAGAGCUCGGCGCCAUCUCUGUCUGACUCUCUGAUCUCAGCAGGCCGCCGCCCAUCCUCAGCUGCUUCUCUAAUGGCGGCAACGCCGGAGCGGAUCGAGCUGGAAAUCUGGCGCCGGAGCUCGGAGGUGGAGCUGCAAGAGGAGCUGGAGGAGGUUUCCGAGGAGGUCCUGAACCUAUUCAACCUGAGCACCGACAAUCAGACGGGGUCCAGGUCCAGAAGUUCAGAGUCAGACAUGGAGGAGGAGACAGAGGCAGGAGGCUGUGUAACCUCAGACGAGACGAGAUCUUCAUCGAGAGAAACGCUGCAGCUUUACCUGAAAGUCCAGGAGGAGGAGGACGAGGAGGAGGAGGAGGAAGGCAGUGACAUGGAGUCCAGCGAUGAGGGGGAAUACGACCCCUGGGAGAUGGAGCGCCGCUCGGGCCUAUGGCUCCUGUUAGAGGAGGAGACAGAGGCGGAGCUUCCUCCUCACAGCUCUGACACACCUGUUCAGCCUGACUCCACCUCUUCCAUGAACUCAUCUGUGACUCCACCCCCUGUCGCCACCACCGCCAGCACAGCCUCCUUCAUCACCACACCUGAAUCCCCUCACAGUGAGGAUGGAGCCAGAGCGCCACUCACACCUGCCGUUGUCAUGGAGACACCUGCUGCUAGUGGGCGGGGCUCAUUUGACAACAUCACACCUGAACUGCCGCAAAAUAGGCCCCUCCUCCUGCAAGAGAAAGGGGAGGGGUCAGAGGAGGACCCAGGGACAUUUAGGAGGAGGAGGAGGAGGACGAGACGGCGAGAAGCUCAUAGCCUCCCCCCUAGACUCCUCUUCCCCCCCCUGCAGCCUGGGGGCAGGGCUCUCCUCUUUAAGAUGCUCAGAGAGGCUCCUCCCCCUGGGCAGAUGGAGCUGGGAGGGGUUGGAGCCAGAAAUCUAUUAAAGACUGUGUUUUCUGGAAACAAGAAUGAGCAGAAGAAGAAGGGGGGUGGGACUUUACCUGCAGAGAGGGCGAAGGAGAAAACAACCAGUCAGAGAUUCACAGAUGUGAGAGCAGAGGUGUCAGAUCUUGAUUCAUCCACCGUGUUGCAGAGAUGUUCCCUGAAGCCCCAAAACAACCUGCGUUUGGAGUUGCUUGACCUGACCAAUGAAAUUCAGAGGGUUGCCAUCGAGGAGGAGGAGAACCAGGAGCCGCCAUACGUUCCUCACGCUCUGGCUUUCAAACGAUCAUACGCCAUAAAGAGACGCCCCCUGAAAGACAGAGUCCCGCUACAGGACUCUGACGGCCAGUCUUCCUGCCCCACGGAGGUGGUGGGGGUCCUGGUCCAGCCGAAGGAGGCAUCCAGUUUGAGCGUGAAGGAAACCAUGUUCCAGAGGGAGCGUGAGGAUGAUGAUGACGACCUGGACACCAGAAUCACGCGACGGGUUCAGAGAGCUGCAAGGAGACAGGCCAAACAGGAAGAACUGAAAAGACUCCACAAGGCCCAGAUGAUCCAGAGGCAGCUGCAGCAGGUGGAGGAGAAGCAGAGGCAGCUGGAGGAGAGAGGAGUGAUGGUGGAGAAAGCUCUGAGGGGAGAAGCAGAUUACUGGGGAGAAUCCAGCCAAAGCGCAGACAUGGAGCUUCACCUGGGAGGGCUCGGGAAACUGGAUAAUCCGCCGCUGAUGCAGCAGUGGUUCCAGCUGGUCCAGCAGAAGAACGCUCUGGUCCGAUAUGAAGCUGAGCUCAUGAUCUUCGCUCGAGAGCUGGAGCUGGAGGACCGGCAGAGUCGACUGCAGCAGGAGCUCCGAGAGAGGAUGGCUGUGGACGACCACCUGAAGGACGAGGAGCAGCUGGCUGAGGAGCGUCUGAUCCUGGAGGAGAUGCUGGAGGUGGUUGAGCAGAGAGACUCUCUGGUGUCCCUGCUGGAGGAGCAGAGACUGCAGGAGCGACAGGAAGACAGAGACCUGGAGCAGCUGAUGGUGUCCGGAGGACUGGGACUCACCUGGACCUGAGGUGGUCAGACUUUCUGUCUCACCUGUCAGAGGUCUUUAAACCCACCUGGACACAGGCAGAGAUGACAUGUUUAAAACUGCAAACUGUCAAGUUGACCUGAGGAGACUCUGGUUUAGUGCAGGUAAACAGUCCAGGUGGAGAGAAACAAUUACACUUAUUAACUUUUUAAAACUGAUUCAUAAAAACUACCCACGAGCAGAAACAGGAUGUCUUAGUCUGAAAUCAGCUGACCUCUAAUGUUUCCUUAGAGGUUAGUCAUCAGAGCAGCUUGAUGGAUGAAAUCCAGCAGAACCCAAACAGAUACAGGAUGGUCUGAAUUGAACCAUCCAAUCAGGUGUGAUGAUGUCAUUUACCCCAGAGAAGAUGGGAAAAACCUCCACUUUUCUGACUGCAGGAGUUAGUACUAAUGCUAACAGCCUGCAUUAGCUAUGGUAAUGGAACACUGACAUGGCUGCUAGCCAAUACCAUGCUACUGCUACUGCUAACCAGCUACCAUAACCCACUAGCUGUGUUGCUACCUCGAGUAAAAGUAAGCUAAUCUAAAUGAAGAGGUGUUUGUGCAGCUUGUCCUGGUGCAGAGUUUAAAUAUCUCUAACUCCUCUAGAGAGGACACAAAGGUGGAUUUUAGCUCUCAGUGCUGAGCUAUCUUAAAACUCCAUUCUUUCUACUGACAACAGGGGUAAACUCCUCUGAUCUGAGCUCAGUAAACUCUUUCCUGAGGAGUUUACAGUCUCAGAUGCUGGUUAAUUAAUUACAUGCUGUGUGUCAAAUGUUUGAAUGCAGUAGAAUAGUAUAGCGCUUUACUGUCAUUGUACAUGCACAACAAAAUUGUGGAGGCUCCACUCCGGCAGUCAGGUGUAAAACAUAAAAACUAGACAGCAAGAGUUCAAGAACUCAAAAGUGGGCUAAAUAGGCAGGCAGACUAAUGAAUCAAAUUAAUUCUACUAGAAACCGGUCGUCUACAAGAACUGGAUCUCGAUACUCAUUCCUAAUAUUUUAGAUAUUAAAACUGAUAUUAACUGUAUUUAAACUGUAUUUAAAUCCUUUGAGGCCAAACCCUCUGGUCUCAUAUCACUGUUUUUAAAACUCUUUUAUAAAGUUUAGGCACUCUUAAAACAAGCUAACACUCACUAAAGCAGUUUGAGCAUUUCACAAACAGAGCCUUUGUGGCCCUUUAGUAAUUCUGGUGACUCCUGAUGAUGGCUGGGACCUGGUGGGGUUGGUGGAUGUGGUUUUUGACACAAAAGGGUUGUUUUUUUUUAACACAAACUUUAAUAUUUAAUAAAAUUUUUUUUAAAACAUCUGAUGAACCAUGUGACCCAGCCUCAAUGACAUUUUUAUUUAACUGAUUAUUGAUUGUGCCAUCAGAUCACUUGUGUGCCUUACCUGCCACCUGAUCAAUAACAUGUGUUCAUGCCGCGAUGAUGGUUAUUGCUGUAACUCUGACUCUGUGCUGUGAAAUAAACCUCUCAUUUCUGA